AUGGAUGACAAAUCCAAUAAACUAUUUUUUAUUCCUGUUCUGGCCGUUUUAUUUGUGAUGAUCGGCUAUCAGUAUAUCUGUCCAGCAGGCAGUACUUCUUGCCGAUUCCGGACUGGACAGAGCUCGAUAGGUUUGGGUUUUUUGCUGUCCAAAUAUUCACCUAGGUUUGAUAUCGACAUAGAAGCUCAAGAUACUGACGAGGAUGGUUCAAUAACAUUCCAGUCGAAAUUCAACUUUACUCUCGAGGAUCUCGAACGCCACGUGGAUUUUGACAUCAAAGGGAACGACGUGAUAGUGUUCCUUCACAUUCAGAAGACCGGGGGAACUACAUUUGGGAGACACCUGGUAAGAAACAUUAAACUCGAGCGCCCAUGCGACUGUAAAGCUGGACAGAAAAAAUGUACCUGUCAUCGGCCAGGUAAAGCGGAGUCAUGGCUAUUCUCUCGCUUCUCAACUGGCUGGAGUUGUGGUUUGCACGCAGACUGGACGGAACUGACCAAUUGUGUACCGGCUAUCAUGAACAAAAAACAAAGAAAAGAUGCGCCACUUAGCCAAAGGAACUUGUACUAUAUCACACUACUGCGUGAUCCUGUGUCCCGCUACCUCAGUGAGUGGAAGCAUGUCCAGCGGGGUGCCACCUGGAAGACGGCAAUCCACAUGUGUGAUGGGCGUCCACCCACGCCUGCCGAACUGCCAGCGUGCUAUAACGGCGCGGACUGGACGGGGGUGUCCCUGGCCGAGUUCAUGGCGUGCCCCUCCAACCUGGCGAGCAACCGUCAGACGCGUAUGCUGGCCGACCUGAGCCUGGUCGGCUGCUACAACCUGUCGUCCAUGAGCACGGCGCGUCGGGCCGAGCUCCUGCUGGGCAGUGCCAAGCGCAAUCUGCGCCGUAUGGCCUUCUUCGGUUUAACUGAAUUCCAGCGCAAGACGCAGCUCCUGUUUGAGUGCACGUUUGGCUUGCGCUUCAUGGAGCCUUUCACGCAGCUGAACAGCACGCGGGCUGGCGCGGUGGGGGUGGGGCUUGCCGUACGCCGCUACAUCGAGCACCUCAAUGCGCUGGAUGUGCAGCUGUAUGAGUAUGCGCGCGAGCUUUUCGUGUGGCGGGUGCAGCGCUGUCGGCGCAGGCUCAGGGAGAGGCGGCGGGAGCAGCGGCGUGCCAGGAGGGAGCAGAGGGUCUCAAGGGCCAGGCAGUGUGAGAAGGUGGGUGAGAGCAAGAAGGAAGGAGGAAAGCCAGAAGGACAGAGUGAGGAGGAGAGGACGGGUGUUACAGAGGACUACAGUGGUAAGGUGGUGCGGUGGUGAAGGUGUCCCCCUGCACACGUAUGGGAGCUGUUUUAUUCCCCAUCUACCACUCCGCCUCUAUACCCAGGAGGUCUAUUACAGCAGUGCUGCAUGAGCAGUGCUGGUACUUUCAAGCAAAGGGAGAUAGAGCCUAAUGUGCUUCUUUAUGUAACGUCUUAACCUCCCAUGCUACAGCCUGUGCAGCUUUCCAAAGGAAUGGGAUGUGUUCGUAAUGGAACGAAUACGACGCAAUAAUGACUUGCUCAUAUACACUAUAGUGCUGCAUAAGAUACUGAACCAUGAACAGGUCUGAGCACUUCUUCUUUUUUUUCUUUUUUUUUCUUUCCUUUUUUUUUCUUUUUUUGAGGGGGAGCUCUGAAAUUGCAACGUAUUGAGAUGGGGGCGGAGACGGAAUUUAAGACAGUAAGCACUUAUCAUUGCAAAUUGUUGUUAUCUAAGUGUACUUAAUAAGUAAAAUAAAAAGAUAUAAUCCACAUCAAUGAUAUAGAGGAGCUGGGCAGUGGUACAGUAUAUGUAUUCUACUACAUAAAUGGAUUCCUUUGUUAUCCACAGAAUAAAUACAAAGUGACAAAAUGUCCUGGGAUUUGCCCUGCUGCCUUAGGAACACAAUUAAUUAUAAAAUGCUACUGUAAUCCAAUAGUGUGAAUGAGAAAUUUAGACACAAAUUAUGUACCCUGCAGAGCAAGUAUUUAAUUCAUUGU